AAAUUCAGGGUCGCAUAUUCGGACUUUGAGUCUACAUCAUGUGUGACAGCCACCACCGCUCCGAGCCAAAAGUUUCCGCUCGUUGCUUGGUCUUAUAUGGAUAAUUUUUUUACUUUAAAAUACCGAGUAAGACUAAUUAAAUACUAGUCAGUCGCCCUCCCAAGCAUGAUCCAUAGGAGGAUUAUGUAAUGAUCCGAUCCUUCGAUCUUUCUUUACUGCAACGAAAAGGUCAGCUCAAAUUUGCAGACAAAUCUUUCUCCAAAAGAGUUGUUCUUGACUUGACCCUUCCUUUCUCCUUGGUUUCAAAAUUGCCCAACGUCUUUGAACCUGCUUGUCAUAAACGUUCUUGUUUGAAAAACAGGCGCUUCAACAUUUAUUUGGUUUUGAUUUUGAAACGUUUUUGAUUGGUUCUUUGAAGUUUAAGACAGCUUGGUCAUCUGGGAAGUUGUUUCUACACUAGGAUUUUAUCUUUUGUUUCUGUCCCCGAAUUUUCUUCAACUGAAUUUUGGAUGUUUGAAAGCUGAGUGUUUGGGAAUUUGGAGGGAUUUCAAAUCUUCUAGCUGCUAUCUGUCACUGAGUUUCUCUUGUUGGCAGUUUUAGUGGUGAAGAAAGGUUGAGGUAGUUACAUUGGUAGUUGGGAUAACUCAGGUUCGCUUCACGAGAAAAUUUGGUUUGUCACAAGAAGUGUCAAGGGCAAGUCCCGAUUCUCAACUGCUUCGCUGAUUGUUAUAAGCCUUUUUCUUGAGAUAACUGAGGGAGACCUGUGUGCUUCUUUGUUUCCUCUUACAUGUCCGUACCGUCUUUUCACUAUGAAUCAUUCUGGGGCAGCAGUUGAAGUAACAAAGGACAGAAACGGAAUUGAUCAGGUUGUGCUUCGGAAUCCUCGAGGGGCAUCUGCAAGGGUUAGUUUGCACGGAGGACAGGUUCUUUCAUGGAGGACUGACCGAGGAGAAGAAUUGCUAUUCACAAGUAGCAAGGCAAUCUUCAAGCCACCAUAUGCAGUGCGAGGAGGAAUACCUAUAUGCUUCCCACAGUUUGGUCAGCGAGGAUCACUAGAGCAACAUGGGUUUGCCAGGAACAGGACUUGGAUCAUUGAUGAUAAUCCACCACCAUUGCAUCCAAGUGAUUCCAGUGGCAAGGCCUAUACCGACUUACUGCUAAAGCCAUCGGAAGAUGAUUUGAAGAUAUGGCCACACAGUUUCGAGUUUCGUCUUCGAGUAUCUUUGAUGACAGAUGGGAAUCUAAGCUUGAUAUCACGCAUCAGGAAUAUCAAUUGCAAGCCUUUUAGUUUCUCAAUUGCUUUCCACACAUAUUUCUCCCUCUCUGAUAUCAGUGAAGUGAGGGUAGAGGGAUUGGAGACUCUUGACUAUCUUGACAACCUAUGCCAAAGAGAGCGCUUCACAGAGCAAGGAGAUGCCUUGACAUUUGAAUCUGAGGUGGACAAAGUUUAUCUGGGCUCAAGAGAUAUCAUUGCAAUCUUUGAUCAUGAAACAAAACGGACCUUUUUAAUACAGAAGGAAGGCCUCCCAGAUGUUGGGGUUUGGAAUCCAUGGGAGAAGAAAUCAAAAACCAUGAUUGAUUUUGGGGAUGAAGAAUACAAGCAGAUGCUUUGUGUCAAUGGCGCAGCAGUUGAAAAACCAAUCACCUUAAAGCCAGGUGAAGAAUGGACAGGCCGUCUGGAGCUCUCAGUUGUCCCUUCAAGUUAAUGAAGUGGCCAUCAUCUUGAACCCCACAACAAGCCUCAUCUUCCAAAAAAUUGUCAGCAAAUAAUACAAUUAAAGCCCCACACCGCAUCUCUCAACCAGAGGCAAAACGAAUCUGUUAAUUUGUAUUCAAUUAUUUAUGGUACUAAGCAAAUAAUAAGAAUUUUGAUCACUGUGUCCCAAGUAAGUGGUCAUGAAAAUGUAAGUUCCUGCAAGUGGAGAUCUGUUUUAGUGCUUCUCCAUAAUAGCAAUGAUAAGAGUUGUUUUUAUCUACCAUACUUCUGUCUUACAGACUCUGAAAAAAAUGACGGUCAAUGCUGCAACAACUAGCAAUCAAAAUUUCAAAAUAUAUUUUGUUUAGUCUCUUUCUGUUUAUAUUUCCACCUCUCAUAUGCAUUACCCAGAAAAACGAUGCAAAGGAGGAUGAUCACAUAUGAAGAGACUAAACAAAAUCUAACCAGACCAGGGAAAGCCAGCAGCUCAGGAGUCUAACCAGAAUCUUCAUUAUCUGAAAUGUAGGACAUUCAGGUGCUAUAAGUCCGUGUGAUCUUACUGAAAGGAUUGAAGGCUUACAAAA